GUCUCCCCAUAAGCAUAAAGGAGGGGGAGGCGCACAUGCAUUGAGAGGAGCCCACUUGCUCACACGCAUAGUAGUAGCAGCCGCAUUUUCACAGUCCACUCUUGAGACUGACAGCAGCAAACGGGGGUUGAGAGCCAGCACAACAGAGAGAGGAGGACAGAGGGCUGGAAACAAGGAAGUCAUCAAAGGAGGACAGGAAAGGAGGGAUUUACUCAGUAUUUGCUGCUUUUUUUUCAGCACCCCGGGAGCCAUAAAAGGAAUCUCCCAUCUGCUCUUCUUCAGCUGAACUUUCUCUGCCGGAGGACCCGUUCUGUGUUAUGGCAGCCCUGACGGGACAUGGGGACACGGCUUCCCUCUCCUCUGUCUCCUCUCAUCCUUGGAUGUUCUUCCUCUGGGCUCUCUCCACUCUCUCCUGUCAGGUCUGCUGCUUUAACCUGGACACCACUCACACGCUGCACAAGCUGGGGGACCGGGGCACUUUCUUUGGUUUCUCCGUGGCACUCCACAAGCAGCUUAACCCGGAGCCUCAGAGCUGGAUCUUGGUGGGAGCGCCACAGGCAGCGGGGCAGGGUAAGCUGAGGGGAAGUCGACCCGGAGCCCUUUUCCGUUGCCCGAUCACACCAGAGGAGUACGACUGUGACAGGGUGGAUAUCGAUGGAGACGUGAAUCUGGACAGAGAGAGCAAAGACAAUCAGUGGUUGGGAGUUUCAGUCAAAAGUCAGGGAAUUGGAGGCAAAGUGGUGACCUGUGCUCACCUGUACGAGCUGAGACAACGAGUGAGUCAACCUUCGGAAACCCGGGAUCCCAUCGGACGCUGCUACGUCCUGAGCGAUGACCUGACGAAGCGGGACGACUUGGACGGAGGAGAGUGGAAGUUCUGCGAGGGCCGAUCGCAGGGACACGAGCAGUUUGGUUUCUGUCAGCAGGGUCUGUCUGUCAGUUUCACUCCAGACAGAAAUUUCAUCCUCUUUGGAGCUCCGGGAACAUACAACUGGAAAGGUGAGCUGCGAGUCGAGCUCCUGAACCAGACUGUGCUUGACCUCGGUUUCUAUGACGAUGGGCCGUACGAGGUGGCAGAUCACAAAGAGUUCAAUGCGCUGCUCAUCCCAGUGCCCUCCCACAGUUACCUGGGGCUCUUGUUCAUGGCUAGCGCUGUUGAAGACGCACCGCUGUACAAAACUCUGGAGCCUUCCACACCGUUUGAGGACGUAGCUCAUAAUAGCUACUUAGGGUUUUCUGUAGACUCAGCCAAAGGCAUAAUGAACCUCGAGGAGCUGACCUUUGUGGCUGGUGCACCACGUGCCAAACACACAGGGGCUGUGGUGCUGCUGAAGAAGGACAACGUGCACCGGCUGGUGCCUCAGCACAUAUUCUGGGGGGAGGAGCUUGCAUCCUCGUUUGGAUAUUCUGUGGCCACCACGGAUCUCAACAAUGAUGGGUGGACAGAUGUGAUUGUUGGAGCUCCUAACUUUUUUGACCGUAAAGCAGAGAUCGGCGGAGCUGUGUAUGUGUAUUUAAACCCCUUUGGUCACUGGGAUGAUCAGGCCAGACCGAUCCGCCUCAAUGGAACAUAUGACUCCAUGUUUGGGAUGACAGUCGGUAAUAUCGGAGAUCUCGAUCAGGAUGGAUACGGAGAUAUUGCGGUGGGAGCUCCAUUUGAUGGAGAUGGAAAAGUUUUCAUCUACAGAGGCUCUGAUGCUGGAAUUGAGACUAAGCCUGCUCAGGUUCUGGAUGGCCGUGACUUUGACGUGAAACGUUUUGGCUACUCCAUCUCAGGGGGUAUGGAUAUCGACGAGAACCACUAUCCAGAUGUGGUUGUCGGUUCUCUUAAUGACUCUGUGGUUCUCUUCAGGUCUCGUCCCGUAAUCCACGUGAUCAGAGAAGUAUCAAUCGAUCCUCAGUAUAUUGAUUUGGAGCAGAAGAACUGCAAGGAAAGAGAGGGAGUUUGUGUUGAGGUUAAGGCCUGCUUUAUGUUCACGGCACACCCACAUCACUACUCGCCACACAUUACCCUCGUGGUGCAGUUUGAAGCAGACACGGAGCGCAGAAAGCUGGGCCUCCCUCACCGCGUUAACUUCCUGGGACGCAGCUCUCUGGACCCAGAGUACACCCAGACAGAAGAGGUGGAGCUGCAUCGGCAGCGCCGCGCUGAUUGCACGACUGCCAUCUUCCAGCUGCAUGAAAACAUCCGUGACAAACUGCGUCCCAUUUCAUUAGACGUAACCCACACGAUCAAGCCUGUGCCGCCGCGCAAGCACUCUAAGAGAGCGACCAAGCUGCCACCUGUACUGAAUAUCUCUCCGUCUAACACGCUGCAUUCUGAGGUGAACUUCCUGCGAGAAGGAUGCGGCAGCGACAAAAUCUGUCAGAGCAACCUGAAGCUGAGCUACCAGUUUGGAACCAGGCCCCUGAACUCUGACUCCUUCACUCCUCUGCCCAGAGAUGAUGACGGUGUGCAGGUGUUUUCUCUGUCUGAUCAGCGGCUGGUGGUGCUGGAGAUCACGGUGACCAACACGCCUUCAGAUCCUCUGAACCCAGAGGAAGACGGCGAUGACGCUCACGCUUCCCAACUGUUUAUCAACCUUCCAAGCACGUUGCCGUACGCCGGCUCCAGGGUCCCACCGCAGAUGAUGUGUCAGGCGAAUCAGAAUGGCUCCCAAGUUGAAUGUGAUCUGGGAAACCCUGUCAAACGAAAUGCGAAGCUAAAAUUCACCAUCAACCUGAGCACAUCCAACAUCACUACUGAGACAACUGAGCUGACAGCAGGUCUCCAACUGGCAACGAUCAGUGAACAGCUUGACCUGGAUCCUGUCACAGCUUAUGCUAAAGUUGUGAUAGAGCUCCCCCUGUCUCUCAUUGGACUGGCUCGUCCUCACCAGCUGUUCUUCAGUGGCACGGUGAAGGGGGAGAGCGCCAUGACCAGCCUGGAGGACAUUGGCAACCCUGUGGAUUUAGAGUUUGUGAUAUCCAAUCCUGGAAAACCUCUCCAGACCCUAGGCUCCGCCUUCCUCAACAUCAUGUGGCCUAACGAGCUGGUCAAUGGGAAGUGGCUGCUGUAUCCUGCAAGCCUGAAGUUUGAGGGCCACCCAGAGACUCACUGUAGUCCUGCCGGAGCUGUGAAUCCCCUAAAGCUGCAGAGUUCAUCAGCUGCUGAGCAGGUGGGUAGAAGUCGGCGUUCACAUCCAGAGGAGGAAGAUCAAGUGAUGACAAAAGGCAGUGACGGACGCACCACGCCAGCAGUGGCAGCUUCAGAGAGACGCAAGUCACUUAAACUGGAUUGCCUCCUUGGGUCAGCACGCUGUGUGCUGUUCCAGUGUCCGCUCCACAGCUUUACUGGUCAGACUGUCCUCAAGAUCCACGCCAGGCUAUGGAAGAGCAGUUUCAUAGAGGAUUUCCCAACUGUUAGUGCUCUGGAGCUGCUGAUCAGAGCCAACAUCACUGUGAAGUCCAGCAUCAAACAUCUGGUCCUCAGGGAUGCAUCUGUACAGAUCCCAGUAAUGAUCUACCCUGAGCUUGGUCUUGCAGACCAGUACCGGAUCCCCUGGUGGAUCAUCCUAAUAGCCAUCUUGGCAGGCAUCCUGCUGCUGACUCUCCUCGUCUGCAUAUUGUGGAAGUGUGGCUUCUUCCGACGUGCGCACUACAAAGACAAGCUUCCUCAGUACCACGCAGUGAAGAUUCCCCGCGAGCUCCGGCCACAGUUCCAAACGGAGAAGUCUGGAAGUGUCCAUAAAAAGGAAUGGGCCACGCACUGGAGUGAUGGGACCUUGUAACUUUGAAGCACUGUCAUAAUUUGAAUCACCGUGUGUGGCACUCAUUCUGUCUUUGCUUAGCAACUAACUGAUUGGGAAAAAAAAAAAAAAAAAAAAAAAGUUCACCAAGACUGGGAUCAUGGGAUAUCGCGCAUGUCAGAACAUGCAAAUCGGUGGCCUUUGGGCAGAUCUGUAUUCUCCAAACUGCAGCUCAUUAACAUCUUGGCCUCAAAUAUUCUGUUUACACUGUGCAUCCACUGUUUCACAGUUUGACAGCGAGCACUGAAGGCUCGCAACAAGGUCAGAACGAGUCUCGCUGCUCAGUACGUUUCACGGCGUACACAAGGGAGCGUCGGCGCUUCGUCGUCUGUCAGCGGUUUUGACUGACAGAUCAGAGGAGGAAUGGAAAAUCAAAGACAUGCAUGAAUGCACAAACAUACAGGACAAUAUUAGAUGCCAAGAGACAUGCAGAUUGAUGCAGACGCCAUGGGACAGACUACUUUUUGCCUGAACUACUGGGACUGAGAUAUGAGAACAGGCAAAGGAAAAAAAAAACAGCUUUUUAAUGAAAAGAAUGUUUGGAGUUGUUUUUUGUUUUGUUUUGUUUGUAACGAUGAACUGAAUGCAUAGUUUUCUUGGCUAGUUGGGAAAAAAAUAAAUAAUGCAGGUGCAUCCCAAUAAAUUAAAAUAACACUGAAAUGUUGAUUUAUUUCAGUAACUCAGCUCAAAAAGUGAAACAUAUAAUAUUCAUAACAUACAGAGUGACACAUUCUUACUUUUUAUUUCAGUUGAAAUUUGAUGGCUUACAGCUAUCAAAACUGCCACUUUGUAAGUAUGCCACUUUUUGUUUCUAUUCAAUGAACAAAUUUUGUUACUGAAAUAAACAUCCUGAUGAGAUUUUAAUUUGAGACGCACCUGUAUGCUCACUAUUUUGCUGUCACAUGUUUAAAAAAAAAAAAAAACCUUUGUUACUAUUUUUUUCUUUUUUAGUUACAUGUUAGUUAGAUCUACUGAACGUCUCUGGUCUGCUGCCUGGUUUACCUUGAAUUUACCGUGAAAUGAAAUACAGGCAACACCGUGAAAUGCUAGGGGUCGUGACCUCGUUGUUGCAUGGAAAUCAAAUGGGUCAGAAAGGUAAGCAAUGCUUAACUCCAAAUUUAUUUUCCAACAGGUUCCUGCUGAUUACAGCACAUGUAAUUAUCAUUUUUGCAAAAGGCAGAAUGUCUAAAAUAGUUUUAUAACAUUUCUGAGUGACUUAGGAUGCUCAUGAGCAAAUAUUAAGCAAAUAACGUUUUCUAAUUAUACAAUCUAAUUUGUCACCCUGAUAACUGCUCACAUGAUUUCACAUGAACCAGUACAAUGAUUUCAGCACCGAUGGGUCUAAUUUCCAACAUGUGCCUUAUUGUAAACACGGCAGAUGGAGAGCUACUGGUCACAAACACAAGGCUACUGCUAAUUAGAUGCUGCCGCCCUGAGACAUCUGUUGGACACAGGUGGGCGAGUACAACAUCCUUCAGACGCUGAAGCGACGCAUAGAAGGGAUUUCCUAGUUUUCUACAACAGCAGCAAAUGGAGCAGAACAAACUUUUUGAGGAUUUUAUUUUGGAGUCAUUAACUCAGUUGUAAAGCGUUUUGGAGACGGCUUGGAUUUUUAGGUAUUGCUGGACAAUCGUUUGUGUUUUCUGCAUGCAGGGUCCUACUGCGCUUCUGAUGUCUCCAAAACUACGAUUAUUUUUGUUGCCAUUUAUUUAUUUUUGUUUGGCUGUACCGUUUCAACCUUGUAAAUAAAAGACAACUUGGCCAAGAAA